AUGGCUACUGAGAAUUGGCAAGUGGUGAGUGGGAUCAUCUGCAACACAAAGUACCUGGGUAAAGUUCAACCCACAAUCGAGCUGCCUAAUACCAAAUUCUUGAUGGAUUUCAAGAUCAAGAUUGUGCACGUCUCGUCUCGCGAUUUGGAGGGUGAAGAUGAAGUUACAGAAACAAGGACCCACUGCCCCAUCGAACUGGAGUACAAUCCACAGAGCAUGUGGGUUGCCAUAAAUCAUGAGCUUCAAAACCUGCAAGUUCCGAGCAGGGUUCGGGAAGUCGUUGAAGAUCCAAUACUCAUGGGCACAAGAGUGGCACGAGCCGCUAGCGCUUACUACGAUCGCAAGUAUCUGCAUAUGGAGGUGGAUAUCGAAUUUCAGCUUGGUGAUUUUGAUGGUAUUGGUGACUAUGAACCUUUGUUUGUGCCGGCAAGUGAAGUGUCUAUUAGCAAACUGGAGAAUACAAAAAUCGAAGAGUGUCCAACAAUGUGCACGGUUUGUGUGGAGGACAUGAUGCUUGGUUCGGAAGCGACUCGUAUGCCUUGUUCACAUCUUUACCAUGAGAGUUGUAUUGUAGAGUGGCUGCGGAAAAGUGGGGUUUGCCCUUCCUGUAAGUUCCGCAUGCCUACAGAGGAUGAUAACCAUGAUUGA